GGUACAGUAUGUGGCAAGAGCCGCACCUGCUCCCCAGAGUGACACACGCAGGUGUUUAAGGCGUCCCUUGGUGUUCGGGUUCAGCCCGCGGUGUGAUGGCUCGGUGACACGGUCCUGUACCACAAUGACAUUUACCAUGAGGAGAUCCCCGACCGCUACUCUCCUGUUCCUUUUACUGCACGCCACAGGUGUGCUGAGAGCGCAGCACGCCGAGACACUGCUGGGAACCUUGGGGGAACCGUUUAGGCUGCCGUGCCGCGCUUUCGUGGACAGUGGGAACUGGUCCACCGCGUGGAUAGAUUGGUCCGUGGACAAUCGGGUUGUGGCCAAUCGUAACCGUUCCACGCCGGCCGCGAGCGCGGGAAAUGCGCGCCUUUCCGUGUCUGACAGCGGCUCGUUGAGCAUCAGCCAAGUACGCGAGCAGGACGAGGGCUUGUACCUGUGCACCUGCUCACCGGCUGAUCCCGCCUCGCAAAGCGCGCCCAUCAUCCGCCUACUGGUUUUCAGGGAUCCAGUCAAUGUGACCACUGCAAUCAAGCCUACAGAUGUUGUUUCCAAAGCUGCUCCUAAUCAUGACCCAGAAUGCUACAGUGCCACAGGAAACGACUCCUUCCAUAUCCUGUUGCACUGUACCUGGUCUGGAGGCAACUCAACACCCAUUCUGCACUGGACCGAGGAACAGGGUCAUCAAUGGAUCAGGGAGCCAGUCCUAAAUAGUUCCGCAAUGAGUGAUAUUCUAGAGGUGUCAUUAAACCGAUCCAAACUGUAUGAUGGACAGACAUUCAAGUGCACUGGUCAUCACCAGGAACUUGUUCAAGACCGUUCCUGCUCCUUGACUUUGAAGCAACCAUUUCCUGAAGGCACUCCAAUGGUCACUGCUGUGGUAGGGAAUAAUGUCACCCUGAAAUGCAUGGAGAGCACAUCCCUUCCUCCAGCCACAACCACUUGGAAGAGGACAGUCCGGCAGGAAGACAUUUUCCCCAGCUCCAAGUAUGUCAUCUCUCAGGAGGGUCCUACUUUCAGGCUCAUGAUCAUCAAUGUCUCCAGAGAGGACGAGGGCAUUUACUUCUGCAGGAGUGAGAACCCCCUCCAGGUCGUUGAACUGGAGAUCUACCUAACAGUGAGAUCUUCUGCAGCAAACACUGGUGCAAUUUUUGGGUUGUUCAUAGCUGUUUUAAUACUCGCUGUGGCAGUUGUUGUUGGUACAGGAGCAUACCAGAACCGUGACAAAAUUUGCCUGGGUAAUACUUUUAGUAACAUUGGAGAGGAAAGAAAUGAUGAAUUGACUCUUGUGGAAUCAGAUGAGGAUGAGCUAUUUAAUGACUCCGUUACUAGGAUAACUACUACAGCAAAUGGUCACGCCACUUCCCUUGUACAGAUUCACAGUUUUCCAUCCAGUGAUCAUGAAGAUCUAGCUGACCCUCAAACAGAGGCAGAAGAAACACCCCCUUCACCUGACCAAAAAGUUGACAAUUUUUAGAAUGCGGUGUUUUACUAAACUGAUAUUUUUUAUAACAAAUGCUUUUCUUUUAGAAAAACAAACAAAGAAUUAAAUAAUUGGUCUUUGACUAUA